AUGGGUAUAAUGUAUAUCCCACCUCAAGGUCAUAAUGGAACACACUCACAUACGGCUUGCUACGACUUUCACCAUGAGGUUGUUAAUAACUGUCAUCAUUACUCUCUCCCUGUUAGUGGCAUCAUCGUUCACAAUAUCCGGUACAAUAAAUCGAUACUAUGGACCAACUAACAAAGGUGGAUUAGACAUUAUAAAAGAGUUUGUGCGCUGGUUCCCUACCUUCUACACGGACCUCGUCGGCGUUCGAACCAUUGGUUAUGGACAUGCCUGCCACACGUGGGACUGCACGGUCCCAUUAAAUGGAAAAUAUCCUGUACCCCUAACCCUCGCCCAUGGGGAUGCCCUCCUCCAAGAUGACCUGUCCCACCCCGGUCGCUUCGAAGGCUGUAUUAAUAACUACGUCCGCUACAAUCUCAACGCCACUCAAUUUUCAGCCCUUGCUUCACUAGUUUUCGAUAUUGGGUGCGAGAACUUUGCUUCCUCCACCCUCCUCCAACUCCUUAACGAUGGAGACCUUCCGGCCGCCAGUCAGGAGUUCGGUAGGUGGACGUAUGGGAGCAGCGGGGGUGGUCAUGCCAGUAGACGUCGAGAGGCGGAGAGGGCGCUCUUCUGCAUGGGCGACGCUGGAGGGUGCGGAGAUCACAGCUGCGUGGGCUUGGUCACUGGCGACGGUGGUGGGGUCGUUAUCCGCUCCACACCGGAUUUCAACGGGGGGAUCGUGGGUUCCCUGUCCGAGGGGGCCACUGUCUACAUAAGGGGCAGAACCUCGGGAUCUACCUCUUUCUCGUGGUGGUUUGACGUGGGGAGUGGUUUUAUCCCGGCCUUAAAUAUUCGAAUCUCCAUGAAUAAUAGAGAACCUUGGUGCUCAUCUGAAUAAAGUAUUAAAUACUGAUAAACGUACUAAGUGUCAUUUCUUCAUUGUACGUUUGCUCAUAAGAAGAAUACAAUUAUAAUAAACGUGUAAAUGCACUCAUAAAACACUAA